UGGUUGUUAAUGUGCGUGGCGUGGCGCUCACUCUCUCAAUUAAAUCGCCGAAACUGGAUAGAGGAACUAGCAACGCCAUCUUCCUCAAUCUCUCCGCCCACUUUCUCUCUCUAAAACUCUCUCUCUCUCUCACUCCAUAUAAGUUCAUAUCAUUCUCUCACUUUUCCCAUCUCUCUAUUUGAUUCUUUCUAUUCGUUCGAUUUUUGAAACCACAGCUUUUCUCCAAGAGAAUGGCUGCGAUUUUCCAAGGAAUCGGAGCUACCACAGCUCUCUCAUCCAUCAAUUCCUCCGAUUCCAAGAGAUUUCAAUUAUCAGCUCGCAGAUCGUUAUCAGGGAGAAAAGCAAGGUUCUUUGUGGUUAGAUCCGAUGGAAACUCUAACCCUGGUUCCAACCCAAGAGGUUGCAGAGCUGAACGAUUGAUUACCAAUGCCGUUGCAACCAAGGCUGAUAGUUCGACAGCUUCUACGGCAUCCAAACCAGGGCACGAGCUUUUACUUUUUGAAGCUCUCCGUGAAGGCCUAGAAGAAGAAAUGGAAAGAGAUUCCACUGUGUGCGUAGUGGGUGAAGAUGUGGGUCACUAUGGAGGCUCAUACAAGGUGACAAAAGGCCUGGCCCCAAAGUAUGGCGAUCUCAGGGUUCUUGACACCCCCAUUGCCGAGAACUCUUUCACAGGCAUGGCCAUCGGAGCUGCCAUGACUGGACUUCGGCCAAUUAUAGAGGGAAUGAACAUGGGAUUUCUCCUUCUUGCAUACAACCAGAUUUCCAACAACUGUGGCAUGCUCCAUUACACAUCUGGUGGCCAAUUUAAAAUACCAGUGGUCAUCAGGGGACCUGGUGGAGUUGGCCGGCAGCUUGGGGCUGAGCACUCACAGCGCCUUGAAUCAUAUUUCCAAUCAAUCCCUGGUAUCCAAAUGGUUGCAUGUUCGACCCCUUAUAAUGCCAAGGGGUUGAUGAAAGCUGCUAUCCGAAGUGACAACCCAGUUAUACUUUUUGAGCACGUCCUGCUUUACAACCUCAAGGAGAGGAUUCCGGAUGAAGAGUACGUGUUGAAUCUUGAGGAAGCAGAGAUGGUUAGGCCAGGGGAGCAUGUCACUAUUUUAACGUAUUCCCGGAUGAGAUAUCACGUGAUGCAGGCUGCCAAGACUUUGGUGAACAAGGGUUAUGAUCCUGAAGUUAUUGAUAUCAGGUCACUGAAACCAUUUGAUCUUCACACGAUUGGGAAUUCAGUAAAAAAGACGCAUCGGGUGCUGAUUGUUGAGGAGUGCAUGCGUACAGGUGGAAUCGGUGCUAGUCUGACAGCAGCUAUUAGUGAGAAUUUCCAUGAUUAUCUGGAUGCCCCAAUUGUAUGUUUGUCAUCACAGGAUGUGCCAACACCAUAUGCUGGGACAUUGGAGGAAUGGACUGUGGUUCAGCCUGCCCAGAUUGUGACCGCGGUCGAGCAACUCUGCCAGUAGUAGAAGCAGCAGCAGCAACAGCAACAGCUAGUUUUGGCGAUCUGGUAGUGCUGUCGUCUUGCUAUUUAUGCUAGGUCAAGGUUUUCAGCUUGCCUUACAAUUGUCUUUGAUUUCAGGUCCUCUUAGUGAUAAUGUGUUAUAGACUGCAAUUGUUCAUUGAGUUGAGGCUUUUUAUUUUGCUAAAGUCUGUCUUCACUUGAAUGAUGGAUAGGAUGUUGUUUAUGCUUUAAGUACAGGUAGAACGUUUGGGGUUGACAUCGGAAUUUGUUCUGCUUGUUCAUUUGCCUGUUAUUUGAGACACAUAAUCAAUAAAAUUUUGUGUAAUGGAACAGAGAUUGAAAAUUAAAGAUUUUUUUUUUCUUUUGUGGGA